AUGCAAUUGGUGAAGACCGGGUGGACGACGGUUCUGAACGCCGUGGAAAACUACAACCUUGGCCAGCCGAGCUGCAGCCCAAGCGCCUUCCUGGUGCUGGGCUCCCCCGGAAGUGGGAAGUCCUGCUUCGUGGGGCGCUUGAUGAUGGAGAUGCUCGACAGGUAUGAGAACUUGAUCCCGUUGAUGCUUCCUGUGGCCGACUUGGUCAAGCGAUCCGACCCUGAAGGUCCGGAUGCCUUCGAUGCCGACGCCGUGCAGGACUGGUUCGACAACUACCUGCGCCUCACGUACGGGGAGGACAGCCUGCGAUACAGCAUGAUCGGCCAGGCCAUCAGCAUGUCCCGCGUCGUCUUCCUCUUCGAGGGCCUGGAGGAUGCGGAGCGACUCACCAAGGCCGUAGAAAGCCUGAUCCGCGUGCUCGUGCGGUCGAAGAACCUGGUGGUGGUGACCUCGCGGCCUUUGCUGAGUGGCAGAUCUGCCCUGGAGUCGGAUCCCGAGCUAAUCAUGACCAUGCGCUUGGAGAACCUCUCGGAUGAGCAGAAGCGCAUGGUGGCCUAUGCCCGCUUGGGGGCCGAAGGCAUUGAAGCCUACGACAAGCUCUUGGCGAGGCUCCGGAGCUCCCAGAACGUCUCGGAUCAGGGGGAGGAGGCGGCGAACGAUGGGGCUGAGGACGUCUUCGGCAACCCGAUGAUGCUCAGCAUGCUGCUGUGCUACCUCCAGACAAUGGCCAAGAAAUAUGCCGAGAAGAAGGAGACCGAAGGUGAGGAGCUGGACCGCGAGGCAAAGGAGGAAGAGACGACGCUGACGGCCGUCUACCGCGUGGCCGUAGAUGCCACGGGCCCAAGUCCGCGUUGA